GCGUCGGGGGAUGCUGAAUAUGAUAACGGCACUGUGCUGAACACCUCCGCGGGCUUUGAGUCUGAGAUCGGACAUGAUUGCGAGGAAGAGGACAAAUUCACCAAGGAGCUGGCUGCAGCCAUGGAGGCCAGCGAGGACGGCGCUACUGAACCCUGUCAUGUUGGUCUGGACGACAUGUACGAUUGCGUGGGGGAGGAGCGUGUGCUGGAGGCGGAUGAAGCAUCUCGUCCUAGCGGAGGUGCUGGCGAUGAUGGGGAGGACGGAGAUCAGCGUCCUGACCACAACGAUGGGAACGUACACUUGCCCGCACUCAGUCAAGACGGUUUCAUGGACUGCGACGGGCUGGACAACGGCGGCAUGGCCGUCGUCGCUGGCUUCAUGGAGGACAGCGACUUCUACGACUUCAACUCUGAGGAGGCGGGCGGCGCGGCUAGCGCGGCCGAG